AUGAGGUUUUCAAUUGACCCGCGGCCUCGUCCGCUGUCCUCCAUCACAUCAUUACAAAAAAUAUUAUUGUGCCUGAGCGCAUCCAUACAGCUUGCGCAAGCCGGCCCGUAUCCAAAAGACGACCUACAUGACACACUUGGCUCCGGUUUCUUAGUCGAUCGCAGCUGCGCAACCUAUUGUGGCGUCGACAAUCAAUACUGUUGCGCAGAAGGGCAGGCCUGCACAACCAAUGCGGGCAUAGCCGGAUGCACCGACACUGCUCUCGGCGGUGGCUUUGGUAUUUACACCACCACGUGGACAGAGACGGACACGUACACGAGCACCAUCUCGAGUUACUACCCUGCAACCACUGGGGACAACGGCGCCGCAUGUGUGCCUCCAGAAGGCUCUGGCCAGAAGGCAUGUGGCUCCAUCUGCUGCGCUAGCUGGCAGUACUGUGCCUAUGACGGCCAAUGCAGUGGAGGAGUCGCAGGGGGCGGAGGAGCCACAACAACCGGUGGCAGCAUGGUUUCGACUACCAUCACCACAAGUGGAACUACCAUCACCACUCAGUACAGCGCGCCCUACCGGGUCACCAGCGGCACAACUGGGACCGGCACGACUACCUCCACGGGAACGAUUGAGAGCGCGACAUCGACAGGCAGCGGCAAUGGAACUGCCGUAACCACCGGGGGGAACUCCCUGAGCGGAGGUGCCAUCGCCGGCAUCGUUAUUGGCGUCAUUGCCGGAGUCGUCAUCCUGCUCGCCAUCUGCGCCUGCUGUAUCAUGCGCGGUCUUUGGCACGGCCUGCUGGCCAUCUUUGGACUCGGUCCCGGGAAGAAGAGGAAAUCUCGCAGCCGUGACGAGACCAUCAUCGUUGAAGAGGAACGCUACUCCCGGCACGGCAGCGCCGCUGCUCAUUCCAGACGAGACACACACGGCGGCUGGUUUGCUGCGAAGCCGCCGAGGUCAGCGGCAGGCAGUCGUCGUGCCUCAGGUGUAUCGGAGAAGAGGAGGGAAUCAUCAAGCAACGCGGGGUGGUGGGGUGCAGGCGCACUGGGCACAAUGGCCCUGUUGCUGGGCCUUCGACGAGACAAGAAGCGCAAGGAGCAGGCGAAGCGGGCGUCACGGCCGAGAAGCGAUGUGAGCAGUAGCUACUUCUCGGACUCGUACACGGCCAGCAGCCCCAGUGAGUUCUCCUCAGACUACACUUACUCCAGUGUUUAUACGCGUCCUCCGCAACCCCACGCUCCUCCAGUCCAGGUCCAUCGGGGCCCUCCUACCGUGCACUCGGCAUCGGGAGCCGGUAGGGAGAGGGAUGACUAUUUCAAAUCUAACGUGCCACCCGAAUAUGCAGGCUCCGCGAGCUCUGGUGGUAGGACACGAGAUACACGCCGCAGCCGUCGGACGGAGACGACACGCAUCUCGCGAGCUCCGUCCAGGCGGUGA